AAACCGAAUUGACAGGCCUAAUUGUAUGUGACCUAUGUUAUGGUGAUGACUUCUGUAAACUGACACAAAAAACCGCGGGAGUAGGCCAGCCCGAAGAACAAAGGAGAAGUUCAAAAUAAGUGGUAAAGCUACGCCUACAAUGUGUAAUCCACCAAUCCAAUCUCCCACACCAGCGCCACAUCCAUUUCUCAUCUGCAAUCACUUCCCGCCAUGAAUCUCGUUAACCACACAUCCGUUUCUCUUUGCUUCUCCGCCGGAUUCUUCCCCUGCCGGCGCUCUCUGCCCCUCGGCCGACGAGUCUUCCUCGCAAGGUGUUGAGGGUUUUUUUUCCCCAGGUCGAGCAGUCUUCCCUUCCCGGCUCACGAGGUCAAGCACCGCCGGGAACUAGAAGCUGCCAUAGGGAUCGUGGAGCGCGCUUGUCGCAUCUGCGCCGACGUGCAGAGUUCCGUGCUCUCUAGUGAAGCAUCGUCCGUGGAGAAGAGCGACAGUACUCCAGUCACCAUCGCAGACUUCGGUGUUCAAGCUUUCGUCAGUUUUGAGCUAGGUCAAGCUUUCCCUGCUAUUCCCUUGGUUGCUGAAGAGGAUUCUAGGUUCUUGAGGGAAAAUAACCUCGUGGAUUCUGUCGUCGAUUUGGUUGCUGAUAAAUCAAGUUCAGACGAGCCAUUGACUCGAGCUCAAGUCCUGGAUGCAAUUGACAGAGGGGGAAAGAAUGCCAUUGUUUACGAGAAUAAGCCAGCCACUUACUGGGUCCUGGAUCCUAUUGAUGGUACCAAGGCUUUUCUCAAAGGGAGUGGAGCCUUAUACGUGGUGGGUUUGGCACUUGUGGUUGAAGGAGAGAUUGUGUUAGGUGUUAUGGGCUGCCCAAACUGGAACGAUUCUGAAUCCUUCCAAUCCACUACAGGGGUCAGCAAUGCAUUAACUGGAGCUGGGAUUGUAAUGGCUGCUCAUAUUGGUUGCGGGACCUGGAGAAGGAGGUUUCAAGAUGGCCGUCAGAGUGGAUCAGCUGAACCAUCUGACUAUGAUUGGAGUAGAUGCUUGGUUGACGGGUGUCUGCUAGCAUCCCAAGCACGAUUUUGCAUGACCGAUAGUGCAAUUUGGGAAUCAAUGCCUUUGUCACCUUUCUUCAGUGCAACAACUGAUGCUGCUGGCGAUGGCAGUGGAAAGAGUGUGGUUCUCUUGAAGGUUUGGGGUGGCAGUUUAACCAGGUAUAUGAUGGUGGCUUCAGGAAUUGCAUCUGUCUUCAUUAUACGAGCGAAACCACGGAUACCAAUCAAGGUUUGGGAUCAUGCAGUUGGCUUGCUAUGCGUUCAUGAAGCUGGGGGAAAGGUGACUGACUGGGCAGGGGCUGAACUAGACCUUGCAGAGGAUGGUGUGGAGCGAAGGAUCUUAUAUCCCGCUGUUGGAGUUAUUGCGACCAGUGGCAAGAUUCACACCCAGAUCGUGGAGAUGAUUUCUGUAAGUUCCUCCACUGGAUGAGCCCUGGUCCUUUCGGUAAGUCCAUAACCGAAACUGUAAUGGUCGCAUUUAUAAUCACUGGUUUAGUUGAAUUUUUUGUGUUUAUCCUUCAUCAAUCCCCCUGUCUUCACUGUGUAAAUAGCAUAGGAUCCAGGGUAUGCAACAUAUUGCCAGCACUUUGAGUUCAUGAAAGCUGUUAUAAGUUCCUUUUUCCAGGAUGGGAUAUGGAGAAGAUAACAUUCCACAUUACUAUCAGUAUGGAAUAAGAAUGCUCACUUUUUAUCUGCUCACCUUUUGCUCUAUGUGUCCACAUCAACAGGCCACUUGAUCACUAUUCACUAGUGACUUCUUGUGCCUUCAAUUUUUGUGAAUUAUAGUAGGAUUCGUGAUACUAACAGCUCAAGAUAUAAUAGCAUAAGUGUGUAAUGAUAAGAUUGCUGAGACAUGCGUGGAUGCUGUGAAAUGAUAAGAUGGGUAACGAAUCUUCGAGCUGUUUUUUAUUCAUGUUUGUAUUCUUUUUCACUAUAGUUGGCUAGCUAGGCCAAUAUUUAUCUAUAUAAAGGGCGCAUUUGACAAGCAAGGAUACAAGUGAGUAGAGUAUAGUAUCCUUUCCCCACCCCCCAAUAUGGCACGGCUGGGAUCCCAGCUGCAGCUAACCUCAGAAAUGGAGAGCCUGAACCAGGUACUAGCCCUGGUGGAGGCCUUCAAGGCCUUCGAUUCCAACAACGACGGCCUGAUCACUGCAGCCGAGCUCGGAGGCAUCCUCGGCUCCCUCGGCUACAACGCCAGCCAACAAGACGUUAGAGCAAUGAUGCAGCAGGGUGACAAAGACAAGGACGGCCAGCUCAGCGUGGAAGAGUUCUUGGAGAUGAACACCAAGGAUAUGGAAGUUGGUGGGUUCCUGGGGAACUUGCUGAAGGCGGCGUUGGAAGCUCUGGAGGAAGAUGACGACGAUGGUGAUGAUGGGACGACGUUUCUGACUGGAGAGGAGCUUUUCGAGUUUAUGGGUGGAGCAGCUGGCGGCGGCCAGCAGCAGAUGUCGUUGGAGGACUGCCAGGCGAUCGUGGCGGCGAUGGAUGUGGACGGAGAUGGUGCUGUUACCUCUCAGGACUUGAAGCUUAUUGCUUCUUCCCUUCUCUAGCCAAUGGUUCUCGAGCUCUAUGCGCAAGUUUGUUUCUACAGAAGAUCAAUGAUGAUGUAUGUGACAAAAACAAUUGAUAUAUAGCUCGAGUUGAGAGCUUGGGUAGCUUAUUUGCUAAAGUGGAUUUUAUGAUACUUAAAUAAAAAGUUCUACAUGUUAUAUAGAGUAUUUACCAUUAAUCUGUUUCUUGCUGCGAUUAGUGACAACUAACAAGGUGAGCAAUCUCGAGCUAGGCUCACGGCCACCAAUAUCGUUUGAUUACUUCCCCAACCAUCGGAUUCAUGAUUAGACAAGA